CCUUCCUUCCUUCCUUCCUUCCGCGCGUUCCCCUCGGGCGCAGCGGUGCAGCGUUUCACGCACUGCGUUCCCAACACUCUUCCAGGUAUCCACAUCGCCAAGAGCAAAGGAGCCCGCUACCGGCUUGGUCCAGAGCUCGAAAUCUGUGGUUAUGGCUGCUCAGACCACUAUUAUGAGCCAGACACACUCUUGCAUUCGUUUCAAGUCCUGGAAAAGCUCUUGGAGUCUCCAGCUACUCAAGAUAUUAUCUGUGAUGUGGGAAUGCCUGUUCUGCACAGAAAUGCUCGCUACAAUUGCCGAGUGAUCUUUUUAAAUAAGAAGAUUCUUCUGAUCAGACCAAAAAUAUCGCUGGCAAAUGCGGGAAACUACAGGGAACUGAGAUGGUUUACUCCAUGGAGCAAAGCAAGGCAUGUGGAGGAGUAUUUUCUACCCAGGAUAAUUCAGGAAGUGACUGGACAGGAAACUGUUCCUUUUGGGGAUGCAGUGCUAGCAACCAAAGAUACCUGCCUAGGGGCAGAAAUAUGUGAAGAACUCUGGGCACCAAACAGCCCUCACAUUGAGAUGGGACUUGAUGGUGUGGAAAUUUUCACCAACUCUUCUGGGAGUCACCAYGUCCUGCGGAAGGCUCAUGCCCGGGUGGAUCUAGUGAACUCUGCCACUGCAAAGAAUGGUGGAAUAUAUAUUUUAGCCAACCAGAAAGGCUGUGAUGGUGAUCGUCUSUAUUACGAUGGCUGUGCCAUGAUUUCCAUGAAUGGAGAAACAGUUGCACAAGGAUCCCAGUUUUCACUCGAUGAUGUGGAGGUGCUGGUUGCCACUCUGGACCUGGAGGAUGUUCGAAGUUACAGAGCAGAGAUUUCAUCUUGUAACUUGGCGGCAAGUAAAGUGAAUCCUUAUCCCAGGRUAAAAGUGAAUUUUGCUCUGUCGUGUCCUGAUGAUAUAGAUGUUCCUACUUGUAUGCCAAUCCAGUGGAGACAUCACAGUCCUGAGGAAGAGAUCAGCCUUGGACCUGCAUGUUGGCUCUGGGACUAUUUAAGACGCAGCAAACAGGCAGGAUUUCUCCUACCUCUGAGUGGUGGAAUUGACAGCUCUGCUACAGCUUGYAUAGUGUACUCCAUGUGUCACCAGGUUUGCUUGGCAGUCAAGAAUGGCAAUGCAGAUGUGCUGGCUGAUGCACGCAGGAUUGUGAAUGAUGAGGCCUACAUCCCUGAGGAUCCUCGGGAAUUCUGCAAGCGUGUCUUCACCACGUGCUACAUGGCUAGUGAGAACUCCUCCCAGGAUACCUGCCACAGGGCUAAACUGCUGGCUGAGCAAAUAGGCAGCUACCACAUCAACCUGAACAUCGAUGUGGCUGUGAAAGCUGUUGUGGGCAUUUUCUGUGUGGUGACAGGUCGAACUCCCCGCUUUUCUGUCCAUGGAGGGAGCAGCAGAGAGAGCCUGGCACUCCAGAAUGUGCAGGCUAGAGUAAGAAUGGUCCUUGCCUACCUGUUUGCUCAGCUGACACUGUGGGCUCGUGGGAUGCCAGGGGGACUGCUGGUACUGGGAUCAGCCAAUGUGGAUGAAAGUCUCCGUGGUUACUUGACCAAGUAUGACUGCUCCAGUGCUGAUAUCAAUCCCAUUGGUGGCAUCAGCAAGAYUGAUUUGAAGAACUUCAUUCAAUAUUGCAUCGAAAACUUCCAGCUGACAGCCCUCAGAAGUAUCAUGUCAGCCCCACCCACCGCRGAGUUGGAGCCCCUGGUGGAUGGACAAGUGGCUCAAACUGAUGAGGCAGAUAUGGGGAUGACAUAUGCAGAGCUCUCAAUCUAUGGGAAAUUAAGGAAAAUGGGAAAGGCUGGACCAUACAGUAUGUUUUGUAAGCUGAUUAAUAUGUGGAAGGAAAUUUGUACUCCAAGAGAGGUGGCAUCCAAGGUCAAGCAUUUCUUCAGGAUGUAUUCAAUAAACAGGCACAAAAUGACCACCCUCACUCCUUCCUACCAUGCUGAAAACUACAGCCCGGAUGACAACCGAUUUGACCUGAGGCCUUUCCUCUACAACACCUCAUGGUCCUGGCAGUUCAGGUGUAUAGAUAAACAGGUAUCCAAGCUAGAAAAAAAGGAAGGAAUUUCUGUAGUUGAAGACGUGGACUGACUUCCUGUCUUGCUUAACUGUGGUAAUUCAUUUGCCAAAAAAUGUUUUCAACUGGAUUAUACUGUGACAAUGAGGAGGGAUGACCUGCUCAAGACUUGUUGUAUAGGAGGGAUGACCUGCUCAAGACAUUGUAUACUCAAUUUUUUUUUAAUUGACUCCUUGUUUUACUCUCAAUAUACUUAAACUGUUCUUUGGCUAAGUAAUCAUUUAUUAAGGAUUUUCUUCAACURUUUGAGUUAAUUGCCUUUAAUUUAAAAUAUUUGGAUAAAUCCAUCAUAAAUAAAUCCAUGGUAGUCUUCUGUUGGUUCUGAUGAUUUGGCUUUGACUUUUGAGUAACAUUCAGAUGAAUGUGUAAAAUUUUAACAGUUCUAGCAUGUGCUGUUGAGUGGAAAAACUCACCUUACAAUGCAAUAAACUUGUAAUUUUGUCAUGCUAAUUGACUGAGUUCUUAUUUUACAUGAUUUUUAUUUACCUAGCACUGSCUUUGUAGACUAGUCCAGCGUUUUGAAUGGCCUCAAGGUCUAAUUCAGCAAGGUAUUGGAAGCAUGUUUAUCUUGAAGCAGAUGGGUAAUCUCCAUGUUAGAUUAGAGUUAAUUAGAGUAAAUUAGGGUUCAGCUUCUUGUUUUAUUUGAAUAUUGCAGAGUGCAGUAUAAAACCAGCACCCUCUGAGCUCAGAGUAUUACCCACAUGCCACCUACAGUUUGCAAAAACCUUAUUUUCAACUUCAUGACUUCAACUGCUGUUUUCAAUGUGGUCAGCRCUGUGGAGCAAUAAAAAAUGAUAGG